ACGAUUCGCGAAAAAAAAUGUCGUUGAUUCGAAUGCUGUGGAAGUGCACGUUCAGUCCGCGGCUCUUCAAGAUUUACGAGGUAACGUGGAUCGGUCAUUUGGUGGACAAAACCUAUCAGCCGAAGAGUCUCGAGCGAUGGGGCAAUCGCAUUGUCGUUUCCUUUGCAACAAUCUGGUCUAUAGGACUCUACGCCGUAUACGCGGCGCCUCUCUUCGCCAUAGUCAUGUAUCAGCGUAGUCACCUGCUUGCGGAAAAUAUGUCCUGUUUGAGCAAAUUGGCGGCAGGAGCUAGCGCGCUUCUCAUUGCUUCAUUGGCCGCACGUGGUUAUUCCAGAGCCAAUACUCCGGAAUAUGUGAAAUUUGUGGAAACCUUAAAUGAGGCACAUUUGAACUACAAUGCCAAGACAAAACAAGAACUUCACAAAUACGAGUUUGAAUUCUCUGCGUGGCCUGUUGACUUUGAUGUGUCCAAAUUUAAAGAUGACAGACCGGACAGAUUAACAUUAAAAAAGAUCGCAAGGGCUGGUCGUCUGAGGCGGCAAAGUGGCAAAGAAUUUUUAUUUGCCAUACCAUGUAAAUUGCUUUCAUUUAUAGUAGCACAUACCGUUGCGAUUAAAUUAAUUUAUCCAGGAAGUUUAUCUCUCAUUAACUUGGCACUUGGUUCUACGUUAAUGAAGGGAAGAGUGGAUCUGAUAACACAAGGUGGAGAAAGAUUCAAACUAAUGACGAUUGAUAAAAAUUUAAUCGACGCGAUAUUUGUCGACCGGCGUAACAAGAAUAUCAAUGGCGACGUAUUGAUCAUAGCUUGCGAGGGAAACUGUGGCUUUUACGAAUCCGGUAUUAUUCCCACGCCGUUGAGCAAAGGUUAUUCCGUGUUAGGCUGGAAUCAUCCUGGUUUUGGUAGCAGCACUGGUGCGCCUUAUCCAGAAGAAGAAGAAAACGCUAUUGAUUGCGUGAUGCGCUUCGCGAUUGAGCGUCUUCGAUUCGCCGAAGAACAAAUUAUCUUGUACGGAUGGAGCAUCGGAGGGUACACCGCUACAUGGGCUGCUAUGAAUUAUCCUUCUAUUCGAAGCCUGAUCUUAGACGCUACAUUUGACGAUAUACUUCCAUUAGCUGUCAAAACGAUGAAUCCGUCCCUAGAGGGUUUAGUUCGGAGUACAAUCAGAGAUUAUUUCAAUUUAAACAUAGCGGAGCAGUUGAACAGAUACGACGGGACCGUGUUAUUAAUAAGAAGAACGGACGAUGAAAUUAUUUGUAUACCUAGCCAUUGUUUAGCGGGGAAUCGAGGCAACAUGCUGCUAACAAAAUUGCUUCUCAGACGUUACCCACAUUUGUUUUCCGAGACCUCCGAGUCCGGAGCGAUGUUGUCAAGGUUUUUGUCUGCCGAAACUUCCGAUAGAGCAUCGAUAUUGGAAUCGUUAAAAGUGGACGAGAGACGUUGCUUGGAAUUAAUAGCGGCCGAUAUUCAAAAACAUAACGGAGUAAUAAGUUAUCCGUCUACUUUGGGCGAAGAUUGUAGCACCAAGACAAAAUUGCAGUUGGUUCUUUUUUUAGCAACAGUUUACAUGAAAGAUCAGUCGUCUUCGCACUGUAAUCCGUUGGCAGUUGAUCUUUUUAAUCCGGGUUGGAAUCCGAAAUCUGCAAUCACCGGAAAGUAGAUUUCGUUGUGUUACAUCUGAACAAAACAAAUCAGAAUCUUUCCCAAGAGAUUCAUGUUCAUAUUUGACAUUUGCAAGGUCGUGCAAAUGAAGGACGCAACAAAUGCGACGCAUACCGCGAUAGAUUGAAAUUAAUGACGGGUAAAAAAGAGUACCUUUGCACGACCCUGUAUAAAAUAAUAUAAAUAUGUGGAAGUGGUGGAAGUUACAAUUCUCACUGCAUUUUCUUACGUUUUACCUAACACACAACAUGCGCUGCACGCGCGUGCAAAAAAAAACAUUAUUUAUUCGACAUUAAUCCACAGACUCGAUUAUUACAAAUUGAUGUGUAAAGUUACUACACAUUAACUCUCGCACUCUUCGUUUAUAGUUGACGUUCAUUCUAGAUAAGUUACAAUAGUAAAUAAAUUGCUUUUUUUUAAUUGAUCAUGCAAGUUGCACAUCAUUAGACAAUUGUUGUGUACAAAAUACCUCAAUUUUAUUACAAAUAUAAAUAUUACAAUUUAGAAUGCGA